GGGGGAUUGGGGGUCACACAGCUGUGGUUAAAUUCCAGGUGCUCUCCUCUUGUUGCCCUGGGAACCAUGCUGCUGUUAGCACACUGCUUCCUAAUUCCUGCUGCAUUUGUUACUAGCAGAUUUCAGUGAUUGUGUCUCAGCUUAGGCUGAUCUACUUAUGUAGGAGAGCAUUUGCUAAUUGCUGCUGCUGACCUUGUGCUUUCUCCCCUGUAGGUGUUUCUUCUCUCCUGUGAAGAAUCUGCUCCCCUAUAGGAAGGAGAAGAGCUGGUGUAGAGCCGUGUUGCCUGCAGGGAGUGAAGGAAGGAUGGACAGGUGCUGAGCUGAGGGAACAGGCUGGGAGAGGAGCUGUCUCGUGGUCCUUCACUUCUGGACUAGUAGGGAAGGAAAAGAACAGUUGAGACUGUGGAAAUUAGUGCUCUAUUUAUCAUGGAGAAAUAAAGAAGCUUAUUUGGAAGUACUACCUGUGCAUGUUCCUUAUUUAACACAAAGGCUGCAAUCAAGCUAGCUAAAUAUUACCUGUUACCCGCUUACAGGGCAAGGCACGUGUUUGCAUAAUUUCUGCAGACAGGAGCUGCAGCCCAGUUGGAAACUGUAACCUGUGUGACUUAGUGAAAGUAGAUAGCACAGCUGAGAUGGGGUUGGCAGUGCUGCAGACAGAGCAGAGGCUGGAAAGGUAAUUGGAGAUGUCCUCCAGUGCUUCAGAAGUGUUCUGUUUGCACUGAUAACCUCUUCCUGAAGAGCUGUUCCGACAAGCUAGGAAGGUGUGACCUGUCUGGCAGUGUGACUGGGAUGUGUUUGGCUGAUCUUGCUUAGUGUGUUAUGCAAUGUUCUCAAAGUCAUUAGCAUCGUGUGGAGUUCAGGGCUGCUUUCUAUUUACAGCUGUGGCAGCAGAACAAGUCUCUUUACUACUGCCUGCAUGCUGUCUUUGGGAGAUUCUGGAUCUUAGAUCACUCCAUAUUCUUUAUUACACAGCAGUGCAAGUGUAACAAUUUCAAAUACUUGACCUGUGAGCUUUCAUGUCAGAAUCAAUCUGCUGACCUCCAGCUGCUGAACACUGAGCAAGAUCUGGGCCUUGCUUGAGUUGUGAAGAAGUCUAGAUGGAGACACUUAAAGUUGGCAGCAGUGUUUGAAGGUGCUGCCCCUUUCAGAUGUCGGAACCUAGAUGCUUGGUAGUAGACAGUGUCCUGAGCUGCCCCUCCCCUCACCCAGUGGUGCCUUGUGCUUUUCUGAGAGACAGCCAACCUCACUUCUGCAUGGUAGCUCUGUCUGCUGCAUCUUCCUGCUUGCUACCUGAGUUCACUUGUUAGAACCAGAACAGCCAUGGAGCUGUGCAGAGGGCUGUGAUGUGGAGCAGGGCUGUCCCAUGGGUGGUGUGCGAGGGGAGCCAUGCCUGCCCCCAUCGGAGCAGCUCCCACGGAGAUGAAAUGGAUGUCUGGCCUUUGCUUGCUAGCUCAGGGUGGUGUUUCCCUAGCUUCCCCAGUAAGGAUUCAUAGCAGAUAGCUGCAGUGCUUUCUCUUCCUGACAGAAGAAUAGGAAAAGUGAAUUACUAAAACCUAAGUCAAGACUUGUAAAUGGGACAGGUGGCUCUGUUGUGAGAAGUUCCCUGCCACCUGAAACACUUUUAAUACGAGCUUGUUUCUGUGCAGCCUGCAAAUAACUACUGGCUGAGAACCCUCUUGAAAGCUGCAUCAUUGUUUCCAAGUGGUGAGGAGGCUUCCCUGGUGUGUGGGACAGUUACCUGAAAUGCUGUGCAAUGCUGCCCACCCUCUGAAGCAGACCCCCCUGGUGCAGUGGCUGAGCUGUGCCACCUCGCUGAGAACUUACAGACAUCUCUGGUGAGGAUGCAGCACUGCCUUUCACAUAGCUGCUUACUGGCAAAUUCAGAUGUGGUGUUUUCUGCUUUGCUCAGGUUCAUCAGCACCCCACAUCACCCACAAGAUCAAAACAAUCUGCACAGAGGGAUGUGGUGGGAAGGUUCAGAGGUAUUUUCUUGGCGAAUUAUUGUUAUAAAGAGAAUGUAUUGAGGUCUACAGGGGAGGUGGGCUUUACGAGCAUUUUGGGAUGAUCUACAACUUUGAUGCAACCUGUUACCCUUUGCUGCUUCUUUAAGGGAGAAUGUCUGUCCCUGGGGUGAUCGCUUCUCACACACUGCUUGGUGCCUUCUGUCCCAAACUGACACUUCUUCAGGCAAGCAGUGAGGAUCAGGAUGCAGCACUGCAGGUUCACCACCUCCUGGCAGUUGGCUGUAAGCAGGGAAUGAGAUCUGUGAGCCCUGGAUCCAGGGGCACCACUGACAUGGCAGGGAGCUGGAAGCUGCCUUGUCACAGCCAACAAAGCUGAGGUCCCUGCAUGGCCUUUCAGCAGCACUCUGAGCUGCAGUGUUACAGGCCAUCCUGCCAGAUGCUGGAAAUGCUUCAGCUUAGGAGUUAGGAUGAGCAUUCUGAUUUGGGAAAAACUAUUCUGCUUUGUGAAAUACCUAUGUCCUUUAACUUAAUCUCCUUAAAUCAGAGUAGGAAAUAUCUAUGAGCCCUGUCUCUUGCUAUUCUGCUUCCAAGAACUUGUCCAGGUCACAAGAGGAAGGAGUUAAAUCUCAGCUGAGUCAUUCUGGAUGUUUUGGCCUUGAACUCUCACCCAGUGUCACAACAGAGAAACUGCCAGGGCUGACCAACGUCAGCAGUCAGUGCUGGGCAUCCAGCUCAAAUAGCAGAGGGAGCAAAUGCUUUGGACCACGUGCAUCUGGCAGCUUCAGCAGUGAGUGCUUCAGGUCAGGCAAAGGCUGCCUGCCAAGUGUGGGAAUGUCAGGACAGCCUGCUCAUUCCCUCCUCCCCUGCUGCAUAUGCUUGCACUCUGAAACUGAGGGCCAGGAUUAGAACAAGGGGAGCCCACCCAUAAACCCGGGAGCAGAGGUGCUGUGCUGGCAGCUGUCAUUGUCCAGUGACUUUUCUGGCUCCAUUCAGACCAGCAAAGUCCCCGCUGGCAAGUUCCCAGAGCUGCAAGGCUGGAAAUGUGCAGUGAGGGCAACCUGGGGCCAUUCUACUACUCAUGAUCUUGGCUGCUGCUCAGUAACCAACCCCUUGCUUGGCCUCUCUUCCUGCAGGUAGCUUAACUCUGUAUGACUAAUUGUGCAGGGGUUAAAUCUGUCCAUCAUACUUGUUUUUUUUUUUAUAAAUAAAUAAAUAGGUAAAGGAUGCUGAUGUGCUCUGGCAGAGCUCUCCUGCCCUAAUCCCUGACCUCUGCACUGCUGUGCAUAUAGUUCCCUCUCCAGGGGGCUGCUGCCAGGCAACUGCUUACCAAGAGCGAAUCAAAGCUGGUGUUUUCCCCACGUACAUCACUGUGACAAACAGCACUUCCCAGAGACGUGUGGGCUGCUCGUGCUGGGCGCUGUCCUGCAGGUAGUGGAGGUAACAAAAUGCCAGUGGUGUUUGCUCCUGGGCACUCAGGGAGGGCAGUGUUCUUAGCCGAUGCUGUCCUGGUUUCAAUUGCAAAUUUCCCAGCAAUGGGGAACUGUCCGUGCAGAUUCCUGAGCCUCCUGCAGCUGGAUUCUGGGAGGAAUAGCGUGGAGCUUUACUAACAGUCUUUCAGGAGGUCUGGCUGACCUGUGUCAUCUCAGCUGCUCUGAAUCUUAAUCUUUCCACAGCAUGGAUGAUUCUGUGCCUUUGUUUGCCCUGCAGCCUCUCUGGGCUGUGAUGGUGCCAGACGGAAGAAAGGAAGACGCAGGGGCACAGCAGAGAAUGCAGGAUGAUGCAGCACCAAUUCUGGUUCUUAUUUUGCCCAGACCUGGUAGGGGUAGCUAUGCCUUAGUCCCUAAAACAUCAAAUUUAGGAUAAAACCAGAGAGAAUUCACUUUGUUCAGUAAGCACAUAUCAUAGAAUGGCCUGGGUUGAAAGAGACCACAAUGAUCAUCUAGUUGCACAGAGCAGUCUGCACUGCUUGUGUAGCGGCUGCAUCUUCCACUGAGUUUCCAGAUGUUGCCAUAUAGAUGUUUCCCCAGCAGUGCUUAUAGGUGCUGUAGCAUCAUCCCCUUUUCCUGUGGAGGCGCCAAGAUGUGCAGGUGAAAUCCUGCCCCACAGCUUGGCUGCUGAAUGAUGGGAGCCAGUACUGGGAGUUACAGGGAGUGAUCUGCAGAGCUGUGCUGCGUCACAGUGCCAUGGACAAAUUGCCUUUCUCCACAUCUCCCCUCACACAAAGAUAAGUCCUGUCAGCCGUGUAGGGUGCAGCAGGGUGCGUGUGGGCAGAGCUGUGCUCACCGCUCUGUUUAUCUCACUUUUCCCACGAGGAACUGUGAAACCACAGAGCAGAGCAUAAGGCUGAUUCGCAGUAGCCUCAGAGCUGAGGCUGGUGAUGCUGCAGCUCUCACUAUUGGGCUAGCCUAAAACCUUGUUUUCCUGUGACCUUGGUUUCCAGAUCAAACAUCUGAGUGCUCACAUCCGUUUUAAGUGAUGUCUCACUGUGCUGCAGGUUGCAGCAGUUGCUAUACCAGGCUAUGGAGGACUCAUCUUUCCCUUUUGGGUAGUACAGCACAGGUCUUGUGAGCACUCACAUGUGAGUCUGUGGAUGACUGUGACAAGGAGGGUUGUUUGGGUUCCCCUGAGCCAUGUUCUAAGGCACCAGGACAGUUCCCGUGCUAGCAUUUGGUAUUUCUGCUCUCAGGGAGGUAAUUUAGAGAGCAGCAUGUGUCUGGAGAGUCCCUGGAGCAAGCAGAACAAGCACAGAGAGCAUGUUCCUGUAAAUAAAAAGCUUCUUAUUAAAGGAAAUUGCCCCUUUGCUCCAGCAUUGGCACCCCUGCCCUGCGCCCUGUCCUUUGGCCUCAGCCUUGUGCUGAAGGCAGCUUGGUGGGAAGCUGGAGCAGAUGGUGAAGCAUUAUGAAGGAGCUUUGCCCCCUGCCCCCCAGGGGCCACGGCAGCGUGCUCACAGGUUUUUCUCCUGCUUCUGAAUGCAGCAGGGAACAAACCGGGGUUCCUCUUUAGCUGAGAGGCCUGGAGUGACCCAGUGGGCAGACCCCAGCAUGGUGGUGCCUGCAGCCUCCUGUCCCUUGGAUGCAGUCUCAAGCAGUGACAUGACAUGGACAAAGACAUGCUGCAGGACGAGGCCGGCUCAUGCUGACAGCUAUCGGUGGAGCUGUUUCACACCAUUCUGCGCACGCACUGGGCGGGCGGUACCUCUGUGCGAGGUGAAAAACAAGGGGCUGCCUCCUGUCUCUGCUGCCGGCAGGGCAUGGCGCUCACCCUCUCCUGUGUGCUGCUCGCCUUCCUUACCCUGCUGCUCCUCGUCUGGGGUUCAGGGACUCUCAAGAGUCAAGUGAUUCUAGUGACAGUAGGAGAGCCCGUGUCGAUGGAGUGUCCUUUCCACAAAUACAACAGCACUAGCAAUCCCUUCUAUGAGAUCCUCUGGAGCCAUAGGAAUGAGUCGAGAAGGAUCCUGCAAUUUAGGAUGACACAGUCCAAUCAGUCCUAUGUGUAUGACAGCAAAGGCCGCUUCAGCGGCGUUCUGGAUUUUGGAAGGAGCGUGAGCUUUCUCAACAUCUCAACAGUGCUUAUGAAUGACACUGGUCCUUACUUUUGCUAUGUGAAGAUAGGGAACAGCGAUCCGACUAGCAAGAUGAUUUACCUGCUCGUUACAGGUCAGCAGCUCUGGGCAGCCCCUGGGGACCUCAGCUACUCUGCACUUCAGGGCAGUAAAGUCACCUUGGACUGUGAUUUCCCCACUAACCUGACUGGCAACUUCACAGACCUCUUUUGGCUGCACAAACGAGACCAGAGCCCACCCCGACUCAUAGCAUGGCACUUCAGGUCCAGUUUCCAGGUUGAGAACGGCAGCAUUGGAAGUCGUUUCCAGAGCUCAUUAGAUCUGGAAAAUCACCGGAGCCGUCUCACCAUUACUGAGUUGGAAGAGAAGGACAGUGGCUGGUACCAGUGUCACGGAGGCCUGGGAGAGCUUUCUGGCGGGCAAAGAGGGAGGGGAACCAACCUCAUUCUGAAAGGCUCUUCAUCUGUCCUGCUGAUGUGUUUGAGGAGCGCUGUGUUUGCUGUGAUUGCUCCAUGCUUGUAUGUUCUGUACAGGUGUUAUAUCCAGCUGAAGAGACAGAACACCUUGGCAGACAGACUGCAUCCCCACUGUGGGCCUUCAGAGACCAUGGGCGGGGAGACCAUGAGCAGGGAAGCCAUCUAUGUCAACACUGACAGCACGGAGUACAGUCUCCUCACUUUCCCAGGAAGGAACCCUGCAGCAGGGGACAUGGAACAAAGAUGACAGCCCGGAAGGGCCCAGCAGGACACAGGGAUCUGUGCUGCACAUGCUGUGUUCAUGGCACCAUGGAUAAUUCUUCUCCACUGUGUAUCAUGCAAAGGUCUCCAGCAAACUCUUCUCUCCUUCAGCGGUUGUUUCUUCUGUUCAAUUAAAUCCUCUUGAGAACAAACCCUGUGAAUGUAUGUUCAGUUUCUGCUGUACUUGGCUGUUUUGGCUCCUGGUGGAAUUGGCUUUCGGCUACUGUGCAUCUAGCCUAGCUCGGACAAACUUUUGCAUCACCCUCUAGGCCUGUUACCACCUGCCAGACACAACCACAUCCUCCGCCAAUGGAGGAAACGCUUGGCUGCUUUUUGGGGUGGAGCAACGCCUACAUGGCAGCUUUUCUUGCUGGAGGAGGGAGGGAGAGGUGCUCUGCUCUGUUGUCUCUGCUCUUGCCACUGUUCCCUCAAGAAUGCAAAAUUCUGGAGCAGGGAAUAAAGCACCAAUUCUCACCGUCCUUGCCAAACCAUGGGCAGCUGUGGUACUGCAUCAGUCAGCACCUCUGGGCUCAGCUGAUGCAUGGCACAAGGCAGAAGAGGUGAAGGCCUUCCAAAACAAGCCUCUAUUGUUGUGACCUUGGUUUUGUGAUCAAAUCUCUCUGUGGUUGAUGAAAUCAUAUCAAGAUGGUUGUGCUGGUUUUGUGUAAGGUGGUAUUUGGGUUUCCUCUGUCACCUCAUGAUUUUCUCUGAUAUGUGCUGGCUAUAGCAGAGCACCACAGCGCUCUGUGUCCAUGCUGAAGAGGCUGCUGCUCUCAGCAGGAUGUUUCAUAACCAGUUGGGUAUUUCUGUUCCUUGUGGGAUGCCUCCAGAAAAACCCUGCGUCCACUCCACUUUGGAGUACCCUGCUGCCUCCUGUGCUGCAGACACACCAUGCUUUGAGGUGGUCAGUUACAGUGGCUCUGAGGAGCAUCAGCCAUCACUUUUCACUCUUGUUUUUCUCUCACUCCUCCCCGGGGAGACUGUGUCACAGAAAAUUGGUCAAGGUCAUACAGAGGGAAGUCAUUGCUUUUGUUAGACAAACUGAUAUAGAAGGUGGAAAAAAUAGAUAAGCCGUUGGGCACGUGAGCCCUUGUUGAGAGCACUGCAGCGUGUCACCAUAGCAUCUGGUUUGUUGUGCCAUACCUGUCCAUCUCUGGGACUAAAGAUGCAGUGCCAGAGUGGCCUAACAAGACAGGACCCUGUCCUAGAUCUCAUGGCUCCAUUUUCCCUCACAGCCAGAGCACAACUAGGGCUGUGUUGGGAACUUGCAAUCAUCUCUUGGGCUUGGAGAUGCCUUGCCUUGGGAGCUGGGCUGCAGAGUCUGCUUGCACUGUGGUGGUGUUAGACAGGUGGGCCUUCAUGCCUGUUGACUCUGGCAGCUUUUUGCUUUUCCAAUCUGCAGUCCUUCUGCACUGGGCACCAAUUGUGCUGCAACCAGAGCCCCUGAAACCAUGUCCCUCUGGUAGGCUGAUCGAGUUUCAGUGGUGACCCCACUCUGUACCCUGCUUUUGGGGAGGGCUGCAUGUCCAAGGAUGUGACUGGAGGUGCAGAUGCUGGACCCUUGCCCCAAUUAUUAGAGCCCGACUGCUAAAGCUCUGUUGCAGCAAAUGGAGCAAUGUGGUGAGCUGGAGUCCCCCAGCCCCUUGUGUCAUUUACAUAUGCCUCACCAGCACCAGCAGCACAUACAGUAGCCCGGGCUUGUGCAGCACUGCAGUCUGCCUCAGAACAGCCUCCCUUCCUCUGCUCCUGGAUCCUACCAUGGCCCUGGGCUUCAUGCUCCUGCUGCUGGUGGGGACAGCAGGGUCAGCCGCCCAGGAGGAAGACAAUGGUCGCUAUUUCUGCUCAUUGCCUCUCACCACCAACUGGCUGUAGAAGGGAGCAAAUCCAGCUGGCUCACCCCACACAAAUAUGGUGUGAUGCUGUCAGCAGACAGAAUGGCAGCCACGGAAAGAAGGGACAAGGCCUCCCUGCAGGCUGAGGCUCUGGUGUGGUUUAAUAAUGGUAAUAAAUGUAAUAAGUACAAUAAAUGUAAUAAUAAAUAAUAACAAAUUAAAAAAAACAAAUAAAAAUUCAAUGAAAAAUAAUAAAUAAAAAAUAAAUGUCCUCA